AUGAAUAUUGAAUAAAUUUUAGAGAAGUAAGAAAACGCAAUUAUCGAGAGCGGAUCUCAACUGCUCCCCUCCUUCGCCUACUGGCAAAAGACUAAGCAAGAUUUGGAGUAGUACUACUACCUCAAAAGGAGUCUGACAUCACUCUGUCACACUCCAUUCAAAAAAGACAUGACCAUAAUUACACAAUUAUGUGAACGUACAUGCGAUAAGGACAAACAACUUUCGCAUAUCUAUGAUUUUGUUGAUGUGGAAACCAUGCAUAAGCAACUCGAAUUUGAAUAUGUUUGUUCCUACAAAUAUUUCAGAAAUCAUCAAACCACAUUUAGAGUUGGAACCCACUAGGAUAUAUUUGAUAAUCUGGUAAGUGAUGUGUGUGGAUAUGGUAGUUCUUCCAAAAAUUUAACAAUGCCACGCUUAUCUUUGAGGACGCACAUGAUUUACCUCUCAAAUUAGAAAAAGCAAUGAGUGCAUCAAUUAGUUCUCACACCAUAUCCCAAAUGAUCAAGGCCUUCUUUGUACCUUACAAAACUCCGUCUAAAUGGGAUUAAUAAAUGCAUACCAAACUAAAAUUGCUCUCCAAAUAAUUUCAGCCUAAUCAGACUUUUCAAACUUGCACCCUUACACAAUAACAAUAUGACAUUCUAAUGCCCAUUGUAGCCUUCUGUAAUAGAAUCGUCUAAUUUGCUUAAGUAACACUUGAUAUAACUACUAGAAUAUCAACAACCAAAAGGAUGAAUUUAUUUUCGAAUCCAAUAAGAUUGCCUUAAUUGUAACUUAGUGUACUUAAAAAAUACCAGACUCAGAAUUUUUUAUGUAAUUAUAGCAAUAUUUCGUUAAAUCUAAUGGUGCUUUUCAAUAACCCAAAUACACUUGUAUUGAUUCCUCAAAUUAUGAAUAAUAUUUGGAUGAAAUAUACAAUUUACCUUAAAGGUAUCUAAUGCAACAAUGGUAUAUAUUUAUAAAAUAAACAUUUGAAUUGCAGGAUUCAAAUGAGCAAGAAGUAGUAAGUUAAUAAUAAUAAUAAUUUAAUAAUUAAGUGCUUGUUCCAACUAAUGACAAAAUAUCAGUAGAUAAAUCCAUCUAAGCUGCAGAAUAAUAAAAUUACAGAGAUUAUAAAUUAGUACUUUUCAUAGAUAAUGUUUAAAAUUCAUUUAACCUAAAUCUUUUAUGCUUGAGUCCCCUUUGCGGCAUGAACAAAUUGUAAAACAACGGCGUCUAGAAUAUUGUAAUUAUCACUUAACACUCCUAUCCUGCCAAGCUGUUCAAGACUGAAUUUAAUAUCCAUUUUUAAUUUUAUCCUCAGAUUCCAGUUUAAGAAUUGAAAAUCAAUCAAACCAUAGUCAGCUAAGUUUAAAAUUACAAUAUCGAUUAUUUAAAUAAAACAGAAUAAAACUUCGAUGCCAUGAUACUUGAGAUUGGUAAAUAGUUCUAAUAGAUUAAUUAUUUGUUAAAUGGACAUGGAUUUAUCACUCUUUUUUCCUCCAAAUCCUUCAUGUAAAAAUGCUAAGACAUAUGGAGUCAACAUUCUAUACUCUCAUCCCUUGGAGUAAAUAAAGAGUUUUAGUGGAUCAAAUAUUAGAAUGUACUUAUUAUUUAUCAAUACUGAAUAGAAAAAAAGCAUCUAUGAGAUAAUUAAACUAUUUCUCAAUAAAUGUAGAUCCAAUACGAUUGUUGGUGAUACUAUGCCGUCCAUCUACACAGUGUUUAAUGAUUUGUUUUUGGAUCAAUUACAGGAAGCCAUCUAAAUAUAGUUAGAUUAUUAACUUAAGCAUCCAUAAACGCUAAAAAACCAAUCCUAAAUAACAGUGUUUUUAUUGGGAGUUCCUUGGGCUAGUCAAUUUAUGUAUUACCAAGAAAAUGGACAUGAUCAACUACCUCAAUUGCAAUUGAACUUGAAGUUAGAGUGGCUUAAGAAUUAAAAAAAUAAUGUAAUAAAUUUAAAUAUUAUAGUACGAUAGAAAGUAUUUCAGUAUGGUGAAUGCAAUCAGAAAUCUCUCAAGAUUAUAGCAUAUACUUGAUCCAUUGAGUCCAUGUAAUUUAGUAGUUUUAGAUGAAAAAUUUUAAUAAAAAUUAUUGUGGAAAGAUCAGCAAUUUCCAAAAGUUCUGACUUUUCCUGAUCUUAUCAAAGAAUUAAAGAAAGUAUUUAUAUAAAUUCUAUCCCUUUUAGCAAGGAGCCACUUUGGUAAGAUCAGAGAUCUUAGGUGAGAAUAGAAAGGAUACUUAAAAAAUUGAGAACAAUAAAGGAUAAACCAUCAAAUUUAACAUCAAAUAACCAGUUUAGAUAUAGACGUCAAAGAGAAAGAUAAUGUUAAAUAAAACACUUUUGGGAGAUCUUUAUAACCCUUAAAAGAAAUCACUUCCUGUAGAAUAACAAUGUGAAAAAAUAACCAUUGAGCAAUUGAUUGGACAGACGGACACUAAGGAUGAUGUUCAUAUAACUGAAGAACAAUUGGAAAUUGAUAAUAUGAAAUGUGUGAUUUGUUGGUCUAACACGCCUGACAAAGUGAUGUGUAAAUCUGAAAAAUGUGGUCAUGUGGCAUGUUAAGAUUGUUGGAAAUAAUGGUUAUAGACUAAAUUGGAGUGUCCCUUAUGCAGAGCUAGAGUUAGAGAAAAAUUUCUGAUAAAAUUUGAUUGA